AUGCCUGGCCGCAUCACCUCCUCCUCCUCGAGGCCGUCCUCGAGGGACUCGUACGAUGGUAGCCCGACGAGGAAGGCUGCCGUGCCGGAAUAUGACGAAUACCCCGCUGUCACCUUUCCGGGCUAUGCGGAACAGCCGCUCGACAAACAGCUCGAGCCAAUCGCCGUGGUCGGCAUGGGGUGCCACCUACCGGGAGAAGUCCGGAGCCCCGCGGGGUUUUGGGAUAUGAUGAUGAACAAGCGGACUGGUCAGACUCCCAAGGUGCCGGCUGACAGGUUCAAUAUCGAUGCCCACUUCCACGAUAACAACGACCGUCCGGGAAGCUUUGGUGUUCUCGGCGGAUACUUCCUCAAAGAUGACCUGUCCAACUUCGACCCGGGUCUCUUCGGCAUCACACCAAUCGAAGCUAUGUGGAUGGACCCCCAGCAGCGGAAGCUCCUGGAAGUCGUCUACGAGGCCCUGGAGUCGGGUGGUAUCCCGUUGGAAAAAAUCUCAGGCACGCGGACGGGUGUGUUCGCGGCUAGUUUCACUGCCGACUGGCAGCAGAUGGCCUUCAAGGAGCACUCGUUCCGUCACAACCUCGCCGCAACGGGUGUCGACCCCGGUAUCAUCAGCAACCGUAUUAGCCACGUCUUCAACCUGAACGGUCCCAGCAUUCUUUGUAAUACGGCUUGCUCGUCGUCCAUGUACGCUCUCCACAACGCGUGCAAUGCCCUUCGCAACCGCGAAGCCGAUGCCGCCAUCGUCGCCGGUGUCAACUUGAUCAUCACGGUCGACCAACACAUGAACACGGCCAAGCUCGGUGUCCUUUCCCCGACCUCGACCUGUCAUACGUUUGACGCUAGCGCCGAUGGCUACGGCCGUGCCGAUGCCGCUGGUGCCGUCUACCUGAAGCCCCUUUCGGAUGCUAUCCGUGACGGUGAUCCGAUCCGUGGUGUCAUCCGCUCCAGUGCCGUCAACUCCAACGGCAAGGUUCCGGGUGCUGGUAUCACGCACCCCAACCGUGAGGGGCAAGCCGAUGUUAUCGCUCAUGCAUAUGAGCGUGGUGGCGACCUCGACCCCCGGCUUACUGGAUACUUCGAGUGCCACGGAACAGGCACGGCGGUUGGUGACCCGCUUGAGGUGCACGCCGUGUCUAUCGCCAUGAACAAGAACCGCCAGCCCGGUGAAGAGCCGCUGUUGAUCGGCGCCGUCAAGACAAACAUCGGGCACAGUGAGGCUGCUAGCGGAUUGUCUGCCCUCAUCAAGGCCAUCCUCACGGUGGAGCGCGGUGUCAUCCCGCCCGUCAGGGGCCUCGUCAACCCCAGCCCUGCCAUCAAGUGGGACGAGUGGAAGGUCCGGGCCCCGACUGAGGCCGUGCCUUUCCCGGCUCAUCUUCCCGUGAGGCGUGUCUCCAUCAACAGCUUCGGCUACGGCGGCACCAACGCCCACGCCAUCGUCGAAAACGCGGAUUCGCUCCUCCGCAACAUGCCCCGGCAGCAGUACCGGUUCCGAGACGACAACACCAACAGCGGCCAGAAGUCGGCGAUGCCGCGCCGUGCCGCCCACCGCCGCCGUCCGUUCCUCCUGCCCUUCUCGGCCCACGACAAGCCCACGCUGCUGCGCAACCUCGACGCCCACGCCAAGGUGGUCUCCCAGUACAACCUUCUCGACCUGUCGUACACUCUCUCCAACCGCCGCAGCGUCCUCCUCAACAAGGGCUUCACCGUGGCCAGCCACGAGACCCUCGACGACGCCUUCGGCAACAUCGCCGCCUCCUUCACCUUCGCCGACGGCAAGAAGCGCGGCCCCAAGCCCCCCACCGUCGGCUUCGUCUUCACGGGCCAGGGUGCGCAGUGGGCCCGCAUGGGCGCCGAGCUGCUCGACCCCGUCCUGUUCAACCAGGCGGUCCAGACCAUCCUGACGGCCGAGGAGUUCAGCGAUGUCGACCUGCUCAUCGAAGUCGGCCCCCACUCUGCCAUGUCCGGCCCCAUCAAGCAGAUCAAGGCCGCCCUAGGCCGCGAGAAGCUCGAGUACAUCCCAACCCUCCUCCGGGGUACCGACUCGGCCGUUCAGCUCCUCAAGGUCGCCGGUGAGAUGUUCCUGCGCGCCUACCCCCUGGAGAUGGACCAAGUCUCGACCGCCUACGUCGAGUCCGGCAACAAGCUGGCCCCCGCGCCCGCUGUCAUCGUCGACCUGCCGCCCUACCAGUGGAACUACGCCCGACCAUUCUGGGCCGAGAGCCGUGCCUCCCGCGAGCACCGUCUCCGCACCCACCCGCGCCACGAUGUCCUCGGUGAGCGCACUCUCGGUGGUUCACCCGCCAACCCGACCUGGAGAAACAUGCUCCGCCUUCGUGACCUGCCUUGGCUCGGCGACCACGCCCUGGGUGGCGAGGUCGUAAAGCGCUUGUUGUGCCCGACGAGCGAUGACGGCAUUGAGGUCCUGCUCGGCUUGAGCGCCUCCAUGUACGGAAGCGGAUGGUGGGAUUUCACCGUCUCGUCCAUCGACGACGAGGGGCGUCAAGAAGGAGCACAUGGACUGGUAGCGUCGGCAUCCAACAAACAAGCCGCGCCGCCUCGCUCCCAGAGCCGGGUGCCCAGCUUCCCCCAGGCGUGCCAGACGGCAGAGGGCUUGGAAACCAGGCCCUGCGUGACGUCGGGCUUCCGACUACCGGGCCCGACCUAUCCAGGACAAUCGGUUGACGCCUCCCUGGGCGAGUCGCGGUACGUCCUGCACCCUGCGACCGUCGAUUCCGUCCUGCAGCUCAGCAUCACCGCCAUUUACGCUGGCCGCACCACCGCCAUCAACUACGGUGUCAUCCCCAUCCAGCUGGACGAGGUUACCAUCUGGCCCCCUACGGAGGAGCAGGUCAAGACUUCGACGGCCAGCGCCUACGCCUGGGUCGACAAGCGCGGUGUCCGCUCCUUCGAGAGCAGCGCCCAGAUGCAGGCGGCUGAUAAGAGCCUGCUGUUGGAGAUUGUCAACCUCCGCGGUGUGAGCUACGAGGCUGCCGUACCCCAGAAGGCGCCCUCUGCCCUGACGGAGCGUCUUUAUGGCGAGAUCAGCUGGGAGGUUGACUUCGACACGCUCGUCGAGUCGGCUGACCUGAAGGGCUUGACCGUCCCCGAGGCGGUGCACCUCGCGCUGUUCAAGCGCCCCGAGACCAAGGUCCUGCAGGUUGGCGCCUCGAAUAUUGAGGGUGUAAAGCAGAUCCUCACCAAGAGCCCCCGUGCCUCGUACACUGUUACCGUGGCCUCGGACGAGGAGCUGGAGUCGGUCAAGACCGCCCUGAAGGAGUACCCCCGUGCCAAGGUCGUCAAGUUGGACCUUACCCAGGAGCUCGCCGCCCAGUCUCUUGCGGCUGGCGCUUUCAAUGUGCUUGUUGUCCGUCAAGCGGUUUCUGAGGAGGACCUUGCCAAGCUCCGCGAGACCGUCAAGGUCGGCGGCUAUGUCCUGUCCGAGACCUCUUCCGGCACGGCCAAGGCGGCCAAGAUCUCUGCGGAAGGUCAGGAGACUAAGGAGGCCACUCAGCACUCCGUCCAGCUCGUCUACGGAACCGCUCAGACGGCCAUUGUCUCCUCCGUUUGGGCUGCCCUGCAGGCCUUGGGUUGGACCGUCGAGGUCACCGCUCUGAAGGACCUCGCCGACGGCAAGAUCCUGUCCCAUGUUAUCAUCCUCGCCGACUUUGAGAGCCCUCUCCUCUUCAACAUCACCGACGAGGAGUUCAGCCGGGUCCAAGCCAUCACCAACACGACCUCGUCUCUCCUUUGGGUCACCCCGGGCGGCCUCCUCGAGGGCAAGCGGCCCGAGUUCGGCAUGGUUCACGGUCUGGCCCGCACCAUCAGCUCAGAGCAGGCCUCGCUCGACUUCAAAACCGUCGACAUCGACCAGGACACCGUCACCUCGGAAGACACCGUCUCCGCCAUCGUCCGCGUCGCCAAACAGCAGGCCGCCCCCACCGGCGACAAGUCCGACCGCGAAUUCUGCGUCGCCAACGGCAAGACCUACAUCAGCCGCCUCGUCGGCAGCGACAGCCUCAACAACUCCUUCUCCGCCACGCGCGCUCCGGAGCCCGCCGCCUUCACCCCGGAGAGCCGCAUCUCGGGCGCCAUCGUCAAGGGCCGCGUCAUCUUCCACCAGGAGGCCGUCGUGGAGGACGUCAAGCCCGGGCACGUCGAGGUCCGCGUCGAAGCCAGCGGCCUCACCAAGGAGGGCGUGCUCGUCAUCUCGGGCGCCGAUUACCCCACCACCUUCAGCCACGAGAUCGGCGGCGUGGUGACCCGCGUCGGCACGGGCGUGACCGCCCACAAGGCGGGCGACAAGGUGGUCGGCUUCCACGCGGACAACGCCCUCUCCGCCUACGCCUCGGCCCUCCACGGCCUUAACACCCUCGGCCAAAUCAAAGCCAACGACAACGUGCUCGUCCUGCACGGAACGGGCCUGAGCGGCGUGGCCGCCGUCAAGGUGGCCCUCGCCAAGGGCGCAGUCCCCUACGUGGUGGUGGAAACCGCCGCCGAGGCGGAAUUCUUCCAGACUCAGCUCGGCCUCGACGCCGAACAGACGCUCUUCGCGGGCCACAGCGAGGACGCCGAAGCGGCCGCGUCGGUGCUCCUCGACAUCCUCAACGAGCUGACCGCCGGCCACGGCGCCGACAUUGUCUUCAGCGCGGGCAACACCGACCAGGCCACGGCGCGCGAGGCCUGGCGCCACAUCGCGCCGCUGGGUCGUUUCCUUGAUGCCGGCCGCAAGGACGUGCUGCACCGCCGCGCGCUGGAUUCGGUUCCUACCGCCCAGCGCGGCGCGUCGUAUCUGUCGUUUGAUCUGGUCGGGCUGUUUGACUCCCGCCCGGAGGUGCUGGCGCGCCUGCUGCCGACCAUUGUGAGUCUGGUGCAGCAGGGUGCGGUGGUGGCGCCCGGGCCGGUGAAGACGGUGCAUCUUUCGGGGCUGGAUAAGGCGGUGGCGGGGUUUUCGGAUGCGUUUGGCGCGGUGAAGACCGUGGUUACGUAUGAGGCGGACGCUGAGAAGACGGUUGCAGUGGUGCCGGCGCGCCCGCCGCUUCGUUUUAACCCCGACUCGAGCUACCUGCUUGUGGGGUGCCUGGGUGGGUUGGGCCGCAGUCUGACGUCGUGGAUGAUGGAGUCUGGCGCGAGGCGGUUUACUUUCCUGUCGCGAUCUGGUGCCGACUCGCCCUCGGCUGCUAAGUUGGUCGAGGAUAUGGAGAAGGCUGGAGCGGUGGUGCAGGUUGUGCGUGGUGAUGCUACCUCAAAGGAGGAUGUUGUCCGCGCGGUUGCGCAGGUGCCGGCUGAGCACCCCAUCCGUGGUGUGGUCCACGCUGCCAUGGUUCUCAGGGACGGUCUCUUCCACUCCAUGACCUACAACAACUGGAAGACAUCGGUGUCUCCCAAGAUCCUGGGCGCGGCCAACCUCCACGCCGUCCUCGCCGACGAGCCGCUCGACUUCUUCCUCAUGACCAGCUCCGUGUCGGGCGUGCUCGGCAACACCACGCAGAGCAACUACGCCGCGGCCAACACCUACCUCGACACGCUCGCGCGCCAGCGCCGCGUGGCCGGCAAGCCCGCCACGUCGGUCGUCCUGCCCAUGGUGCUCGGCGUGGGCGUCGUGGCCGAGAACGUCGAGCUGGAGCAGUCGCUCAAGCGCAAGGGCAUGUACGGCAUCGACGAGGAGGAGCUUCUAGGCGCCUUCGAGGCCGCCAUCACCAGCCACGGCAUCGACACCGCAAUCGAUCACAUCGUCGUCGGCCUGGACCCGGCCAAGCUGCAGAAGGCGGUGCGGGAUGAGUUGGCCACCGACAGCUUCUGGGUUGAGGACGCCCGCUUCAGCCACGCCGUGCACGACAUGAACGCCUCGGCCGAGGAUGGCAGUGAUGGUGAGGGCGGCCAGGCCCAGAGCAUCAUCUCUAUCAUCAAGGCUGCUGCGUCGCCUGCGGAGGCCGUGGGCGCGGUCACGGAGCACUUUGUUGGGAAGUUGGCGCGCAUGUUGCUGUUGGAUUUGGAUGAGUUUGAGCCGGAUGUCAAGUCUAUUGCCUCGUACGGCAUUGACAGCAUGAUUGGUGCGGAACUGCGGAACUGGAUCUUCAAGGAGUACAAGCUGGACGUGCCGUUCCAACAGCUGUUGGGUGAGACGCUUACCAUCACCAAGUUUGCCAUCCAGUGUUUGGGUGACUCGGCGCCGACAAACCCGACGGAUCCUUUCCAAUCGCCGAGGAUAGGGGUCUCUGCCUGCCGUGGCUUGACUUGGCACGCUCGAUUGGUUGGUAAACGCGGAUUUGCAUCUCCCGUGGUUUACACAGUAUUGACAUCGAUUCGCUCCAACCUGAAGCAUCUUCUUCGCCAUCACCGAAACCCAGCCCCAAACCUCAUAAUGGCACCCUCACAAUCCGCCGCACUCCAACUCGCAGCCCAUGCCUUCGCCACCAUCUUUGUCGGUUUCGGCAUCAAUGCCAUCAUCCGACCAGAACAUGCCUUGACUUUCUUCGAGUUCUCUCCGCCUUCCUCGCCUGACGAUGCCAAGAUGGUAGACAGCUUGAUGGCCGUCUACGGCGCCCGCGACAUCUUCAUGGGCCUGGCCAUCUACUCGGCCGCAUUGUUUGGAACCAACAAGUCCCUCGGAUGGACUCUCAUUGCGGCCAGCGGUGUUGCCGCCGCUGAUGGUGCUGUUUGCUAUCUGCACGGGCAAGGGGAGUGGAACCACUGGGGCUAUGCGCCGAUGAUCACAGUUGUGGGGGCGGUGUUGUUGGGAUUGUUUGAUGGGGCCAACAAGCCCGCGACAAAGAAGGCUUGA